AUGGCCACAGCCCAAGCAGAAAAGCCUUGCGGCAGGUUCCAGGAGCUGGCCGCCUUCGAGGGCCUCAUGCGCACUUGCCGGGCGCGGCUGGACAAGCACGCCGCACGCCGCCGCCGCGCCAACCAGCUUCCGCACGCUAACCCUGAUCCCGACUAUCGGCUGCCCAAGUCCCAGCGCAUCACCUACUCUGCCCUCACAGCGCCCAGCUCUGGCGGGUCCCCGGACCGCCGGCCUCCACUCAGCGCAGAGGGCGCUGUCAGGGACGAGGGGGACGCCGUGGAGGUGAGGAUGGCGACGGCCGCCGCGCGGGAGGCCAGCGACACCAUACCGCCCCUUGUCAUCUCCAGGCCACUGCACAUCCAGCUGACCACGGCGGGACAGGAGGCUCCUGCUGAGGUGCCGGACCCGGCGCCCUUCCAGCCCUGGCAGAGCGCUCGGCAGGAGGUUCCCAAGGACGAGCUGUACCUGUCGGCCAUAUCUCGCCUGGCCCAGAUGGCCGCCGGGCACGGCUCCACGCAUGCAAAGGAGGUGGCGGCGGCGGAGCUGGCUGCGCAUGGCGUGGAGGCCUCGGAGGGUCACGGCAGCCAUCCAACAGCGGUGCCCUACCUCGACUCUCAGGCCCUGCAUAGGCCCCUGUCCUCGCUGGAUCAGCUGGUCCGGCGGCUGCGGCGGGAGCGCAGCUGGGGCGCGGCGCGCGAGGGCUCCACGCCCUCCGGCACCUCCCAGCACCUGGCGGCGGGGGAGAUUGGCGGCCGCGGCCCUCACCGCUCCUGGCCCUUCCCCUCCUACCACCAGCAGCCGCCACAGCAGCAGCAGCGGGUGGGGUCGGGCCCAGGGUCCGAGCCCCAGCCCGUUCGAGGCUUCCAGCGCAUCCUGUCGAUGCAGGGGUCCAGCGACCCUGCGCGCAACCCCAUGCCCUCUCCCUUCAAGAACCCAGAGGUGCAGGUGGGGACGCUGGGCCGGGGCGCCGACUCGCGCCCCGGCCCUGCGCGACGCAGCAGCGACGGGUCGCCCCACGCUCCGACCUCGCUGCGCUCGCGAGUCGGUGCGGCGCUGGGCGAGUCGCUGUCGGCGCUGGAGGGCUGGCUCAGCGUGCUGGCCGUGCUGGGGCCGGAGGACUCGGCCGCCGUGCUCUCAACGCUACCGCGCGGCCUCGUCGGCCGCGUCUCGGCGCUGCUGAGCAGCCUGGCGCCGCAGGGGACCCUGCGCGAGGAGAACCAGCCUCACGGUGUGCACGCCGAUGACGCGGGGCCUGGGCCGCAGCACGAGGCCGGCGCUGCCAAGGCCCCGCGCAUGGCCUCCCAGCCCAGCCUGAGGGCGUCGGAGACCUCGGCGUUUGCCCCUCUGGCGCCGUUGGGGGGGUCACCACCCCAUGGCUGA